UGAAGAGCGAAGGCGCUGGCGCUGGCGCUGGCGCUCUGGAGCUGGAGCGCGCAUAGGUCGUCUAUGGCUGGAGUUGCGGAUGCGCCAUCGCUCAAUGCUUUUCGAGUGUGAGAGGUUCCCUUUCUGUGACUAGAGCGAGCGCAAGCAGUUUUCGUGUCCAUGGCCGUACCGCCACCGAAGCUCGGGGAGUUCCCUCCCGGCACGAUCGACAAGAGCAGCGUUCCUCACCACCAGAGGCACUGGGUUCCCGAUCAGCGGGACGCGUUUAUUGGAUGGCUGCGAGGGGAAUUUGCGGCGGCCAACGCCAUCAUCGAUUCCCUGUGCCAGCAUUUGCACCUGAUUGGAGCGCCCGGCGAAUACGACUUUGUUCUUGGAUCCAUCCAGCAGCGCCGCUUUAGCUGGAACGGCGUUCUUCAUAUGCAACAGUACUUCUCGGUGGCGGAGGUGCUCUUUUCUCUCCAACAAGUACUGACGCGAAAGCAGCAGCAGCAGCAGCAAAUGCCUCUCAAUGGCAAUGCAAAGGUGCCCGCGAUGCAGCAAAAGCCUUACGCGCAGAUCAACAACAGUGGUGGUCACCCACGUAGAGACUUUUCCGGCUCGAGACGACCACUUCCGAAGGGAAGAGUUAACGUCCCACCGCCACCGCCACCGCCACCUCCAAGUGAUCCAAUCGGGAAGAAGGAGCCGGACUCGACAGAAGUAGACGCUGAAGAGAGCAAGGAGACUGUGGCCGACAUUUCAUCUGCGAGUGUUUCUCCCGACUCGCAACAGCGUGAUGAGGACCCGCCUAGCAGCAAUGUCAACGAGAGCCUCCAAGGUGAGUCAUCACGCGUUAAAGAAGCACAGGCCGACAAACAAGCUGCAGUUGUUGAGCGUAGCCAGAAGGUGUGCAAUCACGUGUUCGGUGAAGUUAAAAGAGCUCAAAUGGAGCACUCGGCAACUGAGAUCUUGGGCAGGACAACUACAGGCGAUCACAACUGCAUACGUGGGAAGUUAAAAACCUCCCAAGAGACGGCGACGAACAAGAAAACCCCGCGGUCAAUACCAGAAUUGGUGCAUUCCAUGAUGGACUACCUCUCUGGUCAAGGACGUGGAAUUUUUCCCGGCGAAGUGCGGCCAAACUUUUUCAUGUUCCAUGCUAUUGACGAGGGAAAAUCUCUAUCCAUUGAAGAAAAGGACACGGCCGUGCAGCCGCUGUGCCUUGUCUCCUUGUUGGCGGACCCUUUCGUAGUAAGCGGCAAGGCCAUCGGCCAAGUGACACUUGAAGCCGGAUCCGUGCUUAAAUUCGAACAGAACGCUGCUGCGGGCAAUGAGAUUGCAUACGCCGUUGCUAGUAACCGAUUCAAGCGCAUCCUCGUGUUCCUCGGCCUAGAACAGCAAUGCCAAGAGGCGACGGCUCCUCCCUCAAAGCCGGUGUUGUCAGCCAAGCAUGCUCAGCAGCAGUCCAGCUCCAGCGCUUCUGGAGGAUCGAAGCAGCCACCAUCCACAGUUUCGUCGGCAACGCAAAGCUCCUCCGCUCAAUCGUCCUCCUGGCAGCAAGCGAGCAGGCCCGGGACAGGAGUUUACAUCCCAAAUUCUAGCAGUGGCAGCAAAUGUGACAUUCCAAUUAGCCACAGGGGGGCGUGCAUUCAAGACGUGAGGUGACGAACCGAUUUGUUGUCCAUGCCAAUUCUUUACAAAAGAAAAAAUUUCUAAAGCGCCCAGCCCUAAAUUUCGAAAAUGAUUUCGAACAUCAAAUUUUCAUUGCAUGAACUUAGGUCUUUCCAAGGCCCAAAUUACGUUCAGGAAUCUCUAUAAUGAAAAUCUGAUGUUUCACUAA